GCCAGGCCGGCCGGGCUAUGGCGUGGGCUGGUGGCUAGCAGGAGCGCGGGCGGGGGAGCCACGGGAGCAGCCAGCCCUGCAGGCAGCACAGAUGCCGUGAGCUGCCGCCAUGACAGAGGAGCGGGCACCACAGCUGGUGGACUAUUUUGUGGUGGCCGGCUUGGCGGACACCUCCAAGCCGCUCGAGGACGAAAACCAGCCGCCUCGGCUGUCCCGGCCCAGUGAGCCUAUCACUGACGUGGCGGUCAUCAUCCGCUCUCAAGGCGAGGAGGUACCCCAUGGCUUCACGUGCAUCGAGCGCACUACGUCGGGAAACCCUGUGGAGCUCAACGCAGGCCUGCUCAACAACCCCCAGAUGUACAUCUGCUAUAAGCGAGGGCGUGACAAGCCGCCCAUUGUCGAAUUGGGGGUUCACUAUGACGGGAAAGACCGCCCCAAGCCAGGCUACAAAAUCAUCGACACGACUCCCUACAGCCACUCAGCCAACCUGACAUCCGGCGGCCCGGGGCACCAGCGUACCUUCCUGACCUACCGGCGGGCCAGCGAGGGUCAGGCGUACAGUGCGCUGGGCGUCACCGAUAUUUGCCUUAUCAUGCCAAGCAAAGGGGAGGGCACUCCGCAUACAUUUUGCCGUGUGGACCGGAAUCUCAACGCUGGCAUGUGGGGCCCAGCUCUCUUUCUCUGCUACAAGAGGGCGCUGGCCAAAGGGAAUAUGCUGGUGUAUGAAGCAGGUUUGCUUAGCCGCUACCCCGAGGAGGAUACCGAGAGUUUUCCGCUGCCUGAAUCCGUGCCUGUUUUCUGCUUGCCGAUGGGAGCCACCAUCGAGAGCUGGCCAGCGGAGACCAAGUACCAGCUGCCCGUAUUCUCCACCUUUGUGCUGACCGGGGCCUCGGGGGACAAGGUUUACGGUGCCGCUAUCCAGUUCUACGAGCCAUUCCCUCGGGAGCGCCUCUCAGAACGGCAGUGUAUGUGGCUGAACCUACUCACUGUGGUCGACCGGCGCCCCAUCACCAGCAAGUCCGUGCAGACCCGCAAGAGCAUUUGCGUCUUGUCGCACUGGCCUUUCUUCGACGUUUUCUGCAAGUUCCUCACUUUCCUCUACCGCUACAGCAUCUCGGGGCCCCAUGUGCUUCCACUUGAGGCACACAUUUCCCAUUUCAUGCACAACGUCCCUUUCCCAUCUCCACAGAGGCCCCGGAUUCUGGUUCAGAUGUCUCCAUAUGACAACUUGCUCCUAUGCCAGCCUGUUUCUUCGCCACUGCCACUGAGUGGAGCCAGUUUCCUCACCCUGCUGCAAACGCUGGGCCCUGAAAAUGCCAUCGCUCUCCUUGUGGCGGUUCUUACGGAGCAGAAGUUACUGAUCCACUCUCUGCAGCCGGACGUCUUGACCAGCGUAGGCGAAGCCCUGGUCUCUAUAAUUUUCCCCUUGCACUGGCAGUGCCCGUAUAUCCCACUGUGCCCGCUCACUCUGGCCGACGUGCUGAAUGCCCCGGUGCCCUUCAUCGUGGGCCUCCACUCCAGCUACUUUGACCUCUACGACCCACCUCAUGAUGUCAUCUGUGUCGACCUGGACACCAACACCAUCUUCCAGAGUGAGGAACGGAAGCUGCUCUCGCCGCGGUCCCUGCCUCGGAAACCGUGCAAAGUGUUGUUGGCUUCGCUGCACUCCCAGUACCAGCAGCUGGAUGAAAUGUACAAUCGACCGGUAGAGGAAGCGUCUCUGGAAUUUCUGCUGACCGAUUACGAUGUCAUCUAUGGGCGGCGCAAGCAGCUCGAACUGGACAUCCAGGCAGCUUUCCUGCGGUUCAUGGCCUGCCUCCUGAAGGGCUAUCGCACCUACCUCCGGCCCAUCAUCCAGGCGCCCUCUGAGAAGACCCGUGACUCCAGCAACCUCUUCCACCUCCAGGGCUUCCUGAAAUCAAGAGACCGUGCCUACCACAAGUUCUACGGACAGCUCUUGCGCACCCAGCUCUUUACGCAGUUCAUCGAGGAAUGCUCGUUCGUCAGUGACCGGCAUACCUCCUUGGAGUUCUUCGACUCGUGCGUUGAGAAGGUGCAGGUGGAUCUGGAGAAGCCGGAGGAAUCUCCCCUGAUGGAACUGGAUGACACGCACGGCAGCGAGCACACGGUGUUCAUCAUGCCCCCCGAGGAGCCAACGGGGCCUGAUGGGACAGAGUUGCCCCCGCGCUAUCACUACGAUGUUUUCCCCGUGCUUCAGGCCAAGCUGUUUGAGCGCCCACAGGACCAGCUUAUGCCUUCGCUCUGCCAAGCUCGGAGCAGUGCCCCCAGCAGCCCGGCACCACGCAGGACCAAACAGGAAAUGAAGGUAGCCCAGCGGGUGGCCCAGAAGUACUCCUCAGUGCCAGACAUGUGGGCCAAAUGCUUGCUGGGGCACUGCUACGGCCUGUGGUUCAUUGCUCUGCCCACCUACGUGCGUGCUGCUCCCUCGAAGGUGCGGGCCCUGCAGACGGCGUACGAGGUGCUCAAGCAAAUGGAGACCAAGAAGGUGGUGCUGCCGGAUGAGGUUUGCUACCGAAUCCUGAUGCAACUGUGCGGUCAGUAUGGCGAGCCUGUCCUGUCAGUGCGGGUACUGGUGGAGAUGAAACGAGCCGGCAUUGUGCCCAACACCAUCACCUAUGGCUACUACAACAAGGCCAUUUUAGAGAGCAAAUGGCCGUCGAGUACUCAAGGGGGCCGUCUCCGUUGGGCCAAAUUACGCAAUGUUGUGCUGGGGGCCGCCCAGUUCCGGCAGCCGUUGCGCUUACGUCAGCGAGAUGCAGAAGCGCAGAGCAUCAGCAGCCAGUCAGAGGGUAGAGGUGCGAUGGCGCCAGCCUCCCGGGCCAGAUCCGGCCUGCAGCGGCAGACAACAUGGUCUGGGUGCAGCUUGCACGAGAGUUUGCCGGCGACGUCUCUGGUGAAGAGCGGCAGCCUCAGUUUCCCUCAACACGAGGAAGCCUCAAUAUCCGAAGCUGGUAUGGCCCGUGUGACCAAGACAACGGGCACCCUGGACUCAAGCAGCGACAGGCUCCCUGCCCUUCCCCCCUGGCUGCAGGACUUGCGGGAUGGGCCUGGCAGCUCUGAGGACGGGAGCCUGUCGGACGUUAGCAGCUUCCUUACGGACGAGAGUGAAGGGUUGGCCACGAGCGGCACGUAUGCCCUGGCUGAACUGCUCAAGACGACGGAGUUGAGCCAGGCGCCCAAGAACCAUGGGGGUGGCACGGGUGGCACACCUCGUAGGAAUCUGGCUGCCAAACUGCAACAGUUGCUGUCCCCCAUAAAGCGCCCUUCCCUCAGACACGCUGCUAAUGUAGAGCGCUCUCAUGCCCGCCGUGGGUCAGAGCAGCGUGAGCUCCCGCCUCGCCGCAGCCCCUUGGAGAGUCAUUUCCUGCUUCCUCGUGAACGUCCGGGCUCUACUGCCUCUGAGAGCUCCGUAUCCUUGGGCAGCGAAUAUGACCUCUCAGACACGUCUGUGUGCAGUUUCAACCUCCACAAAUCCAGUGACCGGCUUUCGGAGUCCCCCGCUGUUGAGGUGCUGCUUUCCAGCUGUUCGCGGUGCCAAGCCUGCAGUUCGUUGGUGUACGAUGAAGAGGUGAUGGCUGGAUGGAGCUCGGACGACUCCAACCUCAACACCACCUGUCCCUUCUGUGCCCGCCUCUUUGUGCCCUUUCUGAGUAUCGAGAUCCAGGACUUCCAAGCCCUGCCCAGCAUCACUGACAGCUCUGACACCAGUUCUGGCUCCUCUGACUGGCCGCGAGACAGUGAAGCACCAGCCCCAGGGGGCCAGGGCCCUGUGCUCAGCGACCGCUACCACUGCCUGUCCCUGGAUGAAGCUGAGCCAGAACCGGAGAGGGAAUCCCGGGCCGGCUCAUUAUGCAACGGUUUUGCCGAUUCCCUGGCCCCUCAAGGUCCUGCCGUCCACGUGGAGCGCUUUACUUUUGCCUACCUGAGCCCCUUGGUGCUGCGCAAAGAACUGGAGACCCUGCUGGAGAAUGAAGGGGGGGACAUCUUGUCACAACCAGAGCUGGUGGACAACCAUCCCAUUAUCUACUGGAACUUGGUGUGGUAUUUCCAGCGCCUGGGUUUGCCCAGCUGCCUGCCACAACUGCUCCUGACUUCCAAGCAUGUCCAGGCUGCUCCCCAGGCCUCGAGCCAGGAUGCAGCUUUGGUAAACGUGCGUUUGCUCUGGGAUAUCCUAGAACCAGAUCCGGAUAGCUUUCCUCCGCUCUAUAUCCUCUGGAGGUUCCAUAGUAACAUCCCGACUCGCUUGCAGUCCUGGCGGCGUCACAACCACCCCUUCUCAUUGUCCUUCCUGGAGGCCGUGCUGACCUCCGUUGGGGUGGGUGAGAUGCACAAAGCGAUCGCCCUCUUCUUGGAGACGGUGGCAGGCCAGCCCAACCCCAUAUACUUGCAGAGAAGCGUUUACCGGGAGAUCCUCUUCCUCAAGCUGGCAGCCCUAGGCAGAGACCACGUUGACAUUGUGGACUUCGAUAAAAAGUACAAGUCAGCCUACAACAAGCUCGCCAGCAGCCUCGGCAAGGAGUCUCUGAAGCAGCAUCGGGCUCAGCCACUCACUUCCAAAGCCAUCGACUGUCGCAAGAGCUUUGGCGCCAACCUGGAGUGCUAGCAGGAGCCGCCCGUCUCUGUGCUCUUCCCUCCCACCCCUGCCCGGCACAGUUCCUGCCGCAUAGGAAUAACCGCAGGACAGAACUGGAACUGAUACUAAAUUGCACUGGGGUGGAGGGGCGGUACGGGACACCGGCAAGAGCAUCCCCCUCCUGUGAUGGGCGGCCCAUGGAGGCCAUCGCCUACAGGUGGGGAUGUCGGGAGGCUUUGCCACCGUCGUGCUAGAGGAGUGGGGCCACAGGCUCUCCGCAGUCCCUCCCCGUUUUGCUCUGACCGUCUUGCAUUAAUGGGGAUGUACAUGGAAGUCGAAAGGUCCUUCGGGUGCAGCAUGGCUGGCCUCCAUCAGCAGCUGCCGCCGCCGUGGUAGGAUGGUUGGGUUUGGGGGACCACGUGUAUGGGGAGGGCAGCUUCUGGCACUGCCUUCCUCGGCCCAACACUGCACUCUGCACGUGCAUGUCACGCCCAGACCCCGCCCCUUCUUGCACGCACCCGACCCGGGUCACUCCCUAGAGUUUGUCUAUUUUCGUGCAGUGUUAUUUCUGGAAGGUUGAUUGGCCAGCCAUCUGUUGAUUGCAGGCCCCCCCCCCAAUCACUCCCGAGUUAAUUUGGGAGAAGGCCGCCUUCCCCGCACCCUGGCGAAGUUGGUUUAUUUUUUUACCAGUGUUUAAAAAGAAAAGAAAAGCUAUUUUAUAAUUUAUUUAUUAUCGAAACUCUUUUUUGUGUGUCCGUUCCCAACCCUGUUGCUUGUGCUGAAACCCUAAAGAUGGCCAGCUGUAUAGCUGAUCAUGAGUGGGGUGGGGUGGGGUGGCGGGGAAGCCACCACUCUCUCCACCUCGCUCUUUCCUCCCCUCCCUCCAUACUUGGACCCACCCAUAGAGAGGAACAGCCCGUUGUUAGAGACAUUUUUCUUCUGGUGCUCUGGGCUGCUUUGUAGGAGGGAUCAGAGUAGAGAAGGGAGUCAAAGUGGGGAGGGGGGUGCCAUGUUGGUUGCCCCUCCCCUCAAUUUUUUGCCAGGGCUCAGAUUGUGCAAUAUGAAGUCGGAUCUCUAUCCACCUCCCCCACCCCACCCCAACCCCCAUGGUUGCGUCCUUUUGUUCGUUUUGUUUCGAUGUUCUUGGUUCUGUAAAUAAAGAUGCUUAUGUAUUUUGUCUGC